GGCGGGGCGGCCAUGGCGCUGCGCUGUGCGCUGCGCGUCGAGCUCGCGCUCCUGGCCGCCGCCUUCCUGUGCGGGGCGGUGGUGGCCGCGGCGCUGACCCGCACCCAGGGCUCCUUCCAGGGCAGCUGCCCCCUGUACGGCGUGGCCGCCCUCAACGGCUCCGCCCUGGCCCUGGCCCGGCCCUCGGCCCCGUCUCUCUGCUACUUCGUGUCCGGAGCCUCGGGCUUCCUGGCGCUCUACUGCCUGCUGCUCCUGCUCUUCUGGGGCUACAGCAGCUGCAUCGAGGACUCCAGCAGGGGCCCCGUAGGGCUGCGCAUUGCACUGGCCGUCUCGGCCGCGGCGGUCUUCCUGGUCUUGGUGUCGGCCUGCGUCCUCCGCUUCGGCACCCACGCGCUCUGCAGCUCCAUCAUCUCCCUGAACAGAACCGCCAGUUGCUCUGAGGCCCAGAAAGUUCCAUGGACACCCCCUGGAACCGCCCUGCAGUUUUACACCAACCUAUACAAUGCUGAAACCUCGUCCUGGGUGAACCUGGCGCUGUGGAGUGCAGUCUUGCUGCUCCAGGUCGCACAGUGCAAAUGCAGAGCGCUGCCUUACCAGUCCCUGGAGAGGGGCGACCCCGAGUGGAGCUCCGAGGCCGACGCGCUGGUCAGGCCUCGCUGA